UACCUUUCAUUCAGACUUUAACCCAAUUCAUGGGAUGCCAACAACCCUUGUUAUGUCUGGAGGAGUAUGGAGUGUGUGAUGUUUCACUUAUUAUUAUUCAUAGAAAUAUGCUUAUGAUAUGAAUAUGACAUAACAGAUAUAAGUUAUGCAAGAUGGCUCAUAUGAGAUAUCACUGGAAAGGUAUUGAUUUACUGAAUGUGAUUAUCCAAUUUGUAUGCCUGUAUCAUUUCUGUAUCUGAAGAUAGGACUAUUAACUAUGUAUCUGUAUUUCAAAUGUGUUACUUUGGAUGUCACCCCCAACCAGCGCUUCAGGUACAACAAUGGAAAAGCCAGACAGGCCAAAUGGGUCAUUAGUAGAGACAAUGGACUGUGAAAGAGCUUGGUCUUCCUUUGGACUCUGGAGACAGCCUAUGAGACUUGGGUCCAAGUCACCUAGUACUGGAUACCCCUCUUACCCUUUUGGAAUGCCAGUGGUUUUCCGCUAGAAGACAAAGGGUUCCCGCCUUACACAAGAGCUAUGUAAGAGGGGAGUGACAUCAUCAUGGUUCUCCUCUGCCUCCCCACCCUAAGAGACACUGAAAAAAGACCUGGAAGCAAGAGAACUGUGGGGAGAAGGGUUGAGCCCAAGCUGGAAAGGCGUCUAGCUUGUGAGUACUGUAAUAAUACCUGAGGUCUCAAGAGGGAGACCAGUGCAGCUGACUUUCAAGACUUUCUUUCUCUUUUUGGCUCCAUCCUGUAUGGUGGCUGCGUUUCCUGCGUAGCUGGAACUAUGCAGCUGUUCUUCUGUGCUCAGAACCUGCACACCUUUGAGGUGUCUGGACAGGAAACAGUCGCUCACAUUAAGGCUCGCAUUGAGUCCCUGGAGGGCAUUGCACCUGAGGAUCAGGUGGUUCUCUUGGGUGGAACUCCCUUGGAGGAUGGAUCUCUCAUUAGGCAACGUGGCAUCAGCGAGCUUACCACCUUGGAGGUGGCUGCUCGCAUGCUGGGUGGUAAGGUCCAUGGCUUGCUGGCUUGUGCUGGGAAGGUGGGAGACCAGACUCCCAAGGUUGCCAAGCAAGAGAAGAAGAAGAAGAAGAAGAAGAAAACUGGCCAUGCCAAGAGAUGCAUGCAGUACAACAGGCACUUUGUCAAUAUUGUGCCGGGCUUUGGCAAGAAGAAGGGCCCCUAUGCUAACUCCUAAAUGGCACACCUCACCCAAUAAAGCAGAUGUCACC